UUUUACAUUUUAACUUCUACAUUUAUACUAAUAUACUCAAAUAAUAUUAUGGAAUCUUCAUUCAAGAAUGGGAAAUGGGCUUGGGAUGAGUUUACUGAUUUCUUAAUAUAUAUGCAAAACGAACAAAAAAACUUGAAGCAAAUAUCACGUACAAACAAAUUUUCAAGCGACAUAAGCGGUGGAAGUGAAGUCGUAAGAUUUAAAGAAGCGGUCGAUUCUUUGGAGCAGGCCCGUUUUAGGAAACUUUUUCAAAGAAAAGUUAAAUUGUUUGAGGUCGAAGUUAUUACAAUCCAAGACAUCAAAGAUGUGGCUUUAUUUACAAUCAAUCCUAGGGAUCUUUCUCCCGAAUUUAUUGAUAUUUUACAUACAGCUACGAUGGAUAGAUUUUUACGGGCUUUGAUAGUGUAUUUCCAAUUUCUUGUGCAGAAUUUUGAAGAAAUGCAAGAAAGGAGGGUGCUUAUAGCAAGAACGUUAAAGUGCGAAGCCAGCGAAAACAAUGAAAGGAUAUUAAGAGAAACGUUUUCUGAACUACGAAGUAUUAUCUCCAAAGAGUAUGCAGCAAUUCUGAUGGGCACUGGAGAAAACAAGAAGUUUCAUCACAUGAACACAAAAAACAAUACUUCUUUGUCUGGCGAAGAUAAAAGGAAAAUGGAGUUUUUGUUUGUUAUAACUGUUAAAAUUAUUUGGAUAGCGAUGGAAAGAAAAUAUUUGUCUACUAUAGAGGUUGAGUUAAAUCGUUUGUUACGAUCUCCCUAUUUCAACAAUGCUAAGAGAAAAUACAAGGAAAGUCCGAUGGAACCAGCAGAAAAGAAGAUCAUUUACGGCGACGUGUGGACGGAAGAAAGGAAAUUGAAACAAAGAUCGCCUCUUAUUCAAGAAAUACUUCUUAAUGACUAUCAAGACUUUCACUUACUCUCUAUUGGAUUAUUUAAUCUAGAAAAUGAUAACGAACGUGUGGCGUAUCUUCAGUUGGCGCUAUGUCUCCCGGAAGAGGAUCUACAUGACUAUGACAUAGGUAUUGGUAUAUUGGGAUGGCCCAGACACAUUUUAGAUCCCAUGUUAGUCCAAAUUCCAAAAGCUCAACAGACACAAAUGUCUGGAAUUCUUGGCGCACCGUCUGUAAUGUCAGUGACUGAUUUUCCAAAAUUUAAUAUACCAAAGAAAGUUAAAGUAGAGGGGGAGGAAGAAAUUACUAAAUAUUAUGCGAAAAAACUUGAGAAAUACGUACCAUCUGCGAAAAAGAGACAAGAGAGAAUUACUCAACAGAAACUAUGGAAAAAGUACCUAAAGACCUUUGGAUCGUAAUUAUAUUAAUAUAUACUUUCAAUAUAUAUACAGAUUUUA